UAUGAUUAAGUUAUCAUUAUAUUCUCGCCGGUACGCAGGUUCAUCAUGUCCGGAAGUGUUUCGCUCUGAUUUGCAUCAUUUUUCUGAUAAGUUGCACAGGGAAUAAAGCAGGGAAUGUGGCCUGAUAACCAGUGACUCUGCAUGCUGCUGUUGAGCAAUGAUUCGAUGAGGUCUGAGAUCAGCCAUGGAAGGAUAGACAAUCUGCACAAACAUGACUGGAUACCUUAACAUCCGUUGGCAUUGCAUGAGUGUAUUCCAUAGAGACGCUGUUCAGUCAAGCCCAGACAUCAGGAAACUAGGAAUUGAUGACGUCAUAUCAGCUUCGGGGAUGAGAGUGUGUAGGACUGUAAGCAUUUCUUGUCUGUAACUCAGCCCUGGAUGGAUUCAGCACUGCACAUACAGUAUAUGUAUACAGAGGGUUCACGUAAGUGAUCUUACUGCAAAUUGCAAUCAGUAACUAGUAAACAAUCAGAUGACCUUGUCUGACCCCUGAGGCUCAGGACAAACUCCUCUGCAGCACAUUUCAAGAUCAGAUUCAUCUUUACUUGCAAGCGUCAGUGGGUACUGCUUAGGUGUCAAGAUGGUUUCUCACAUUCGUUUGGAGAACACACAGAACUAUAAACAGCAGGUGUGUCUGUCUGUCAUGACUGGUCUCUAUGGAUGCAGGUGGAAAAGAUAUCAAAGGUCAACAGAACCCACAACAAAGUUUGAGAAAGCAUGGGUUCUUCUGGUGGCAGUGUGCUUUUCUUUUAUCAUUAUGUUUCUGUACUACUGGGUCAUGGCGCAAAAUGAUUUGGCAGAUUUCAAUAGUUUCAUUUAUGGAGAGUUGCAGAGUUGGUUCAAUUGGUUCAUGUUGCUGUACAUUCUAACCAUACUCACACUCAUCUAUGUGGGAAUACUUGUGGUAUUAGCCAUUGCACAUGGCAUAACAGGACGGCAGCUAUACCUCCAUUGGGUCCAUAAAGUCCCUGUGGUGUUGAUUCUUGCAUCAUGCAUCAUUGUAGUGAUUGUCCUCACCGAGCUAUGGAAAAGUGAAUGGGUCUUAGUUGCAUUAACAUUACAGGUGACGGCACCUGUUCUUCAAAUAGUUGCUGUUGUGAUUCUGACGGUCUUAGCAUGGCCUCUUGCUGGUCUCUGGUGGAGAAAUCACCAAAUAGCCUGUCGGUGUAUUUCUCUGAUAGCAUACACCAUCUUGCUGCUAUUUGUGUAUCUUAGUCCAUUAAUUAUGCAUCCACCAUGUGUCAUCAACACGGUAGAUCUACCAGCCAAGCCCCCAAUCAUUGCUCACAGAGGAGCUGAACAACUUGCUCCUGAAAACACCGUCAUUUCCUAUCAAACAGCAGCCAAUUAUUCUGUGUAUGGAUUUGAGACGGACGUAAGAAUAAGUUUGGAUGGCAUACCAUUCUUAAUGCAUGACAGUACUCUGGCAAGAACCACCAAUGUGCAUGAAGUAUUCCCUAAUAGAACAGACCAUUUAUCAGAGAGCUUCACAUGGAAUGAGUUACAAAAGUUGGACGCUGGUUCGUGGUUCCUUCAGCGGGACCCAUUGAAUAAACUGAAAUAUGUCCCAGAGAAAACAAGAGAGAAAUACAAACAACAGAAAAUCCCUGGUUUUGAGGACUUCUUGAAGCUUGGUGUCCUGUACAACAAGACUGUGGUUUUUGAUGUGUUUAAACCACCCAAAGGACAUCAUUUCCGACAUAACUAUACGCAGCUGGUGGUUGACAUGAUUUUAGCUUCAGGGAUUCAACAAGAAAAGGUUUGGUGGCUUCACAAUGAAAGUAGAAGUUGGGUUGAAAAGAAAGCUCCAGGCUUUGUGCAGACUGCUGAAGGCUGGCUUGAUGUCGAUGAAAUGCUGGAUGAAAACAUCACUAAUGUCAAUGCAGAGUUUUCAGAGGUCAAUGAAGAUGAUAUCAGAUUAUAUGCUGAGAAUUUCAUCACCACGAAUAUCUACAUAAUCAACACUCCUGCGUUAUACUCUAUUUAUUGGUGUGUUGGGACGCAAACUAUUACCAGUGGUGCAUGUCAAGAUCUCUACGAUAUCAAAGCACCUGUUUGGCACAUGACACCCACUGCAUUCCUUAUUGUAAGCAUUGUGCUCGGUGUAGCCUCAGCAUUGUGUGUUUCAGCUAUAUUUAUCAUUCAGAGAUGUCGUCAUCCUGCAAGAGAAGUCAAUCCUGAAUCCAUAUCCCUUCAUUCCCCACGCCAUUUUGCCAGUAGUACCAACAAGAAAAGCGAUAGAGAAUUACUUUAUCGUACCAAUGAAGAUACAAUGUUUAGUCCUGCUCACGCUACAGGUAAAAAUGUACAGACCCCCAGUAACCCCAAAGAUGAAGCAACUCCUCAAACUACGCUGGAAGAAGAGCCACCGUUGUACCAAGAUGAUUUGGAUGCAAUUGGAGUAAGUUCAGUUGCUGCUUCGGUCAAUAUGCACCAAGAAGUCAAGAUGCAGUUAGAUUGAAACACAUUUAGAGUCUCUUCAGUAAGAAUAACACAAUGAUGUCAUGCUUUGUUUACAUGUGGACCAAACGUGGAACACGAUUCAUCAAGCCUUUAGAGGAAAACACAUGUAAACAGAGUGACUUUGUUGUUAGUCUUUUAUAACCCUUUUUAGUCAUGUAGGUCAGAGGCCAUUUAUACUCUAAUAGCAAAUGCUCAAGUGAAACGAUUUUGAUAUCACCAUGACUUCAUGCAAUCACUGCUGCAAUCACUUAUUGUCUUGGUCAUCCAUUCUGUUCUGGUGUAUAAAUUUCUGGAAUCAUGAGCAAGUCAUCAAUUAAAUAUAAUACAAACCGGAAUAUUUCAAUAAUUUUCAUGAAUAAUCAUAAUUUGGACUUUCCAAGAAUUUUUCAUUUCAGAUUCUUGAUUCAUCCAUUCCUGAGACAUUUUUAUUGAAAUCAUAAAAGUAGUUGAUUUUGUUACUUUUCUUGUGAGUUAGAAAUAUAUUAUAUUGUGAGGUGCCGCAAAACUAUUUUUAUAUAAAUAUUGGCUUCACGCCCUUAGCCCUCUGUUGGGACAGUAAGAUCAAGCAGUUUACUUUCCCUUAAUUUUUAAGACAAUGACUUUAUUUUUUCACUCAAGAAUUAAGUUUAUUGUCAGCAAUAUGUAUUUCAAUUAAACUUAUGCAAUGAUUUGUCAUAUUUAUUAUCACAAAGCUGUAAAAUUUGAAAUAGUUAUUGCAAAUAAUACAAAGAAACCUUAUUCUUUUUAAAGGUUCUAAAUUACUAUGUGUAAAAUUCUAAAAUUUGAAACCUACUUACCAUUAGAAUCAUAAAAUCAUUUAUUAAACAUUAAGUAAUUCAGUUUUUGACUUUGUUGAAUGAAAAAUAUGACCACUUCGUCUCUCAGAAAGAAUGAAGAUGAGUAAGACUUUGUACAUGAUGGCAAUGUGGAAAUUGUAACACAGGGCCACAUACAUGUACCUCAGCUCAUUAAAAUUCCUACCUUAUUCCCAUCAGAGAGCCUUUGUUAAUGCAGGUCAACAAACAACUGUAGAGCAACUGCGUCAAUAAAACUUACUCAACUUAAUAUAAAGGGCUUAAUAUUACAAAAUAUGGAGGCUGACGUUUUGAUGCUACAUGUAGCAGAAUCUUUCUCAAAGGCAGAAUGACAAGUGGACAGGACAAAUAAACACAGGGAAUCAACCGAGCAUGGAUGAAUGCAAGAGGACAAAAGGAAAGGUCAAGAAAGCUGCAGGCAGGAUUAUGGGGCACCACUUUUCAUCCUCCCCUCCACAAAAUAAUCAACAAUCAUCAUAUCCUCCACACUUCAGACUGCUUGGCCAGUGCCAUCCCAGACACCCCCCCCCCCAGCAAGGCACAUUCAAGUGUGAUUCUAACAGAUGUGUUGUUUGCCAGAACCAUGUCCUGGAAUCAGAUACAUUCUCUGGAAACUGCCCAAAGGACACAGAACCAAAGGCACUGUCACUUGUAGCUCCUCUAAUGCCAUAUAUCUUAUCUCUUGCAGGGUGUGCAGUCUUCAGUAUGUUGGAGAGACUAAGAACACUCUCAAGAAGCGUUUCUAUGGCUACAGAUCUACGGUCAACACCAAACGACUAGAUACCCCUUCAAUGCUUCAACCUUCCUAAGCAUUCUAUGUCUGACAUGAUAUUACAGGGCAUAGAAUCACUUGGGCACCAUAAAGAUGCUGUUCGCUUCAAAAGGGAGAAGCUUUGGAUCAAAUGCCUC